CUGUUUCAGAUUUUCCUAUUAUUUAUUGAUAAAUAAGAAAUCGCGAAAUAAGGUCUUGUUGCUCAUUUUACGAUGUACAAAUUGCGUUAACACAAUUGCUCUUUAUAAACCCUAAAAUAAUUUGGUAGAAAAUAUAGUUUUACAAUCUACACAAAUAAUUUGGUGGUAUUAUUAUUGAAUUUACUCAUCAAAAAUGGCUGAUAUAAAAUCUUUGGAGCAUCCCACUUUGAAGGUACCCUAUGAAAUCCUAAACAAAAAAUUUCGCACUGCUCAAAAAACGCUAGAUAGGGAGGUUUCUCAUGUACAGCAGGGUGCUACAGAGAUAGAGAAGUGCCUGGAACAAGAUGGAGAAGUUAAGGCUGCACAGAUUUCCAACCUAUUAGGUGGAAUGGUUGAAAAGUUGCAAGUUUUGAAAAGGAAAGCAGAAGAGACCAUUUCUGAGGAGCUAGCUGCGACAAAUGUCUGCAAAAGGCGCCUGGAACAUCUAAAAGAACAUGCUGCUGUGACGAAUAACGCCACAGUUUCAAGUGGAACGUUAAACAACUGGCGUAGAAAAAGAUUAGACAGAAUGGUAGUAGAAUACUUCCUCAGAAAUGGCUACUACAACUCGGCAAUAAUUUUGGCUGAACAAAGUGAAACCAAGGAAUAUACAAAUAUUGACAUAUUCCUAAACUCACGCGAAGUCGAGAAGUCCCUCGCGAACCACGAGACUCAAAAAUGCCUACUGUGGUGCCAUGAUAACAAAUCCAAACUGAGAAAGUUAAAGUCCACAAUGGAAUUUAACUUGAGAGUGCAGGAGUUUGUGGAACUAAUUAGAAAGGACCGUCGAAUGGAAGCAAUAAAACAUGCUAGAAAGCAUUUUCCUAGUUUCGAGGAGGAGCAUCUUCCUACCAUACAAAGAGCAAUGGCCUUAUUGGCCUUUACACCAGACGUGACCAUUGCACCAUAUGCGGCAUUAUUUGACAUAUCUAGAUGGGAUAAUCUUAUCGAACAGUUCAGACAAGAAAACUACAGGCUGUUUCAGUUGGCUCCACAGUCUGUUUUUACCGUUACUUUACAGGCCGGAUUGUCUGCCCUUAAGACACCUCAGUGUUACUCGGACAAUCCAGAGAACAGGAACCCAGCGUGUCCGGUCUGCAAUGAAGACUUAAACAAACUGGCCGAACCACUUCCUUUCGCUCAUUGCUCACAGUCAAAAUUGUACUGUCACAUUACCGGAUUGCCAUUGAAUGAAAAUAACCAGCCUAUGAUGUUACCUAAUGGAUACGUUUAUGGGGAACAGGCACUAGCUCACAUGGCCAAAGAAAAUAACGGGAAAGUGAUCUGUCCGAAAACCAAGGAACUCUUUUCAUUUAAGAAGUUGGAGAAAGUGUUUGUGAUGUAAGUCACAAACUUUUUUCUGUUUUGUGAUAGUAUUCUCAAAAACGAUUAGGAACCAUUAAUACCUUUUAUUUAUAGCUUAGUAUUGAAACUUUUGAAAAUCAAAUAUUUUAGGUCUAGUUAUUUUGUUAUGAUAUUUUACUUUAGAUGCAUAUUUUUUCUUUUAUUAUACCCUGUAUUGAUAUAACAGAAAUAUAGUGGUUAAUGUUAUGCUUGUACAAAUAAUUUUAAGUUUAAUAUUAUAUCUAUGUAGUCGUCUUCUAUUUGAACAGUAUGAAUAUAUACCUAGUAAAAAUAUA